UUUUAAGUGAUGGGCUGUUAAUUAUUUUGUGAUGCAUAUUUCAGAAUUUUGGGAUUUUGUUAUCUGUAAAAUUUCAUUUUUAGUUCAUUUUGAUUAUCUUUAUGUAUGGAAUACUGAAAAGAUUCAAUAUUUAAGUGAUGGGGUCUUGAUUUUUUGUUUUGUGAUGCAUUUUUCUGAAUUUUGAGAUUUUCUUGCUCUUUUAUCUCUGUAUAAUUCCAUUUCUCUGAUCUAUUUUAAUUAUGCUUAUGUAUGGAAUAGUGAAAAGACUAUUCUCAAGUGAUGGGGUGUUUGAUUUUUCUUUUUUGAUUUUUUUUACGGUUCAUUUCUUUUUCCGGAUUUUUAAGAUUUUGGUAUCUGCAGGAUUUUAUUUUGGUCCAUUUUAAUAAUGUUUAGUGAAAAGAUUGUAUUUUUAAGUGAUGGGAUGUUUGGUUUUUUGUGGGAAAUGCAGGAAGGUGCUUUAAAGAAGGAUCAGUUUUGAAAUGACAGGUGGUAUUGAAGAACCAUUUAAGCUUAGUUUUCAGGCAGAUUCAUGGCAAUCUGGAUCUAUCUCAUUCGGUAGAUUUGAGAAUGAAGCUUUAUGUUGGGAGGAGGUCUUCUUUCACACACAACAGUUAUCUUGAAGAGGUUGAAAAAUACAUCAAGCCAGGUUCUGUAACUGAGAAAAAAGCAUAUUUUGAGGAGCUUUUUAGAAGAAGGGCACUUCUAAGCCAGAGUUCAUCCGACUGUCAGGUUGGGGAUGAUUCUCAAGCUAGUAAUGAUGGAUCUGAGAAUACAGAUUAUGAGGGGGACUUUGAGCAUGUUAAUGAGAUUGUCCAUUCUGCAUGCUUUGUUGAAAAUCAUGACAGAGCAACCACUUUACUGGAGAAUGGAAAGUAUCAGGCUAGUGAAAAUGAAGGUUAUGCGGGGCCCUUUGAGCAUGUUAAUGAAGUUGGCCAUUCUUCACGCUUUGAUGAAAAUUAUGAUAGCUCAACCCAUUUAUCGAAGAAUGAAAAGUAUCAAGCAGAGAAUACAGGCUAUGAUGGAGAUUCUGAGCGAGUGAAUGAGAUUGAUGAUUCUGCACGCUUUGAGGAGAGUUUUGAUGGAUCAAACAACGGAGACAUCGAAGUCACAGAAUGUGGGAGAGAAGGAUCAAGCAACGGAGACAUUGAAGUCACAGAAUGUGGAAGAGAAGAUAGUAUAAGUUGCCAUUCUGGACCCAGAUACCAAUAG